CCGCUCCGCCAGCCGCGGCGCGGGGCGCGGAGCGGAGCGCGGGGCGCGCAGCCGGACGGGGAGCGCCAAGCUGGCCCGACAGCAGCCCCAGGAAGCCUGCUGACUUCCCCCGAGCAAGCUGGUGAGCACUUCCGAGCACCCCCCGAGAUUCCGGGCAGCGUCCCCGAGCAUCCCGAGCAGCGUCCUCCAAGUGUCUCGGCGAGCAAGCGGAGCUUCCUGACUCACUCGGGCACCCUCCACCACUUCCUCUCAGCAGGCAUGGCUCCAGCAUGAAUUGUGGGGUGCCCAGGACUGCCCCCUGACUGCCCCGGACCCCUUACAUCCACACUUCCUGCGGGGAACCCCAUCCCUGGCCAUGGAGAAGACCUACUCGUUGACGGCCCACUAUGAUGAGUUUCAGGAGGUGAAGUACGUGAGCAAGUACCAGAGUGGCACCCUGCCCAAUGGCUUUGCCCUCCAGCUGGGCACCGGGACCAAGAAACGCCGUGGAGGGCUGCCACGCUGGAGUCGCCGGGAGGUCUGCCUGCUCUCGGGGCUGGUGUUUGCUGCAGGGCUCUGCGUCAUCUUGACGUGCAUGUUGGUCCUCAAGUACCUGGCUGCCGAAGGGGAUAGCUACUGCCUGGAAGGGUGCCAGGAGAAGAAGGCCUUCCUGCGAGCAUCCCGCUUCCUCAGUGCCAACAUGGAUGCCACCAUUGACCCCUGCCAGGACUUCUACUCCUUCGCCUGCGGUGGCUGGCUCCGGCGGCAUGGCAUUCCCGAGGACAAGCUGGUGUACGGUACCAUCGGGGCCAUCGCCGAGCAGAACGAGGCCAAGCUGCAGGCGCUGCUGAGCCGCCCCGUGCGGCGCCGAGCCCCCUCCUCAGCCGAGAGGAAGGUCAAGGAGUUCUUCCGCUCCUGCCUGAACCGGGCUGAGAUUGACCGGCUGGGCCCGCGGCCCAUGCUGGAGGUCAUCGGGGAGUGCGGGGGCUGGGAUGCCACCCCGGGUCGUGGGGACCUCAAUGAGCUGCUCUACAAGACACAGGGGGUCUACAGUGCUGCUGUGCUCUUCUCCCUCACCGUCAGCCUGGAUGAGAGGAACACCUCCCGCUACGUCAUCCGGAUUGACCAGGAUGGGCUGACUCUGCCCGAACGGACACUUUACCUGGGGCAGGAUGAGGAGAGCGAGAAGAUCCUAGCUGCAUACCGGGUGUUCAUGGAGAGGCUGCUUGCCCUCCUGGGAGCUGAACACGUGGAGCAGAAGGCCCAGGAGAUCCUGCAGCUGGAGCAGCAUCUUGCCAACAUCACGGUGUCUGAGUACGAUGACAUGCGCAGGGACGUCAGCAGCAUGUACCACAAAGUGACCCUGGGCGAGCUGCAGCGCAUCACCCCUACACUCAAAUGGAAGCGCUUGCUGGACCGUAUCUUCCAUGACAACUUCUCAGAGGAGGAGGAGGUGGUGCUGCUGGCCACCGACUACAUGCAUAAAGUGUCUGACCUCAUCCGUGUGACGCCCAGCAGGAUCCUCCACAACUACAUGCUGUGGCGCAUCGUGGUGGUGCUGAGCGAGCAUCUCUCCACACCCUUCCGCGAUGCCAUUCAUGAGCUCUCCAAGGAGAUGGAGGGCAAUGAGAAGCAGCUGGAGCGGAGCAAGAUCUGCUUGAGCCAGGCCAACAAGCACUUUGGCAUGGCCCUGGGUGCCCUCUUUGUUGAAGAGCACUUCUCCUCUGUCAGCAAAGCCAAGGUGCAGCAGCUGGUGGAGGACAUCAAAUACAUCCUGGAUCAGCGCCUGGAUGAGCUGGACUGGAUGGAUGAGGAGACACGGAGAGCAGCCAGGGCCAAGCUUCGGUACAUGAUGGUGAUGAUCGGGUACCCUGAUUUCCUGUUGAAGCCUGAGGCCAUUGACAAGGAGUAUGAGUUCGAUGUGGAUGAGAAGACCUACUUCAAGAACAUCCUCAACAGCAUCGCCUUCAGCAUCAGGCUCUCAGUGAAGAAGAUACGGCAGGAGGUGGACAAGUCUGCGUGGCUGCUGCCUCCCCAGGCACUGAAUGCCUACUAUCUGCCCAACAAGAACCAGAUGGUGUUCCCUGCUGGCAUCCUGCAGCCCACUCUCUAUGACCCUGAGUUCCCACAGUCUCUGAACUAUGGUGGAAUCGGCACCAUCAUUGGGCACGAGCUGACACACGGCUACGACGACUGGGGGGGCCAGUAUGACCGCCACGGGAACCUGGUGCACUGGUGGACAGAGCGGUCCUACAGCAAGUUCCUGAAGAAGGCGCAGUGCAUCGUCAACCUCUACGACAACUUCACCGUCUACAACCAGCGGGUGAAUGGCAAACACACCCUGGGGGAGAACAUUGCCGACAUGGGAGGCCUCAAACUUGCCUACUAUGCCUACCAGAAGUGGGUGCGGGAGCACGGCCCCGAGCACCCUCUGCACCACCUGAAAUACACUCACGAUCAGCUUUUCUUCAUCGCCUUUGCCCAGAACUGGUGCAUCAAGCGGCGAUCCCAGUCCAUCUACCUGCAGGUGCUGACGGACAAGCACGCCCCGGAGCACUACAGGGUCCUGGGCAGUGUCUCGCAGUUCGAGGAGUUUGGACGGGUUUUCCACUGCCCCAAGAACUCACCCAUGAACCCGGUGCACAAGUGCUCAGUGUGGUGAGACCAAUCUCCCCGGCAGGCUGGCACCCCCAUCUCCAUCCCUUCCUGAAUGCCACUCUGUGCCUGCUCCCCACCUCCAGCCACUUCCCCUCCUACUCUCCAGACAAAGGGAGCACUCCUGGGUGACACGGGGGGGGUCACUCCUGCCAAAGACAGGCAUCGGCCAGAGGGGUGGAGGCAGCAGGGAGACGCUUGGAGUGGGCAGGAUCUCCUGCCCAGAGGCAGAUGACUCCUGCCCCUCCUUUUCUUAGCCCUGACUGAAAACUAGGGGACCCUGAGUCCCCAUCGAGGACCUAGGCAAUGCAGGGCACCCUCCAAGCACCUGUGUACUCCCUCUUCUGCCCACCCCAAAUCCUUCACCCAGCCCUCCCACACCCGGCCCAGCACUGGCCGAGGCAGGAAUAGUGAUCCAGAGACACCAUGGGGCUGCCCCACACCAAAAGUCUCCUGCUGCCUGGUGCUCUCCCCAACGUUCCCUAUGCCAGACCCAACCUGUGCCCACAUCUGCCCUGCCAGUGGGUGGGCACAGGUGGCAGAGCCUGGGAAUGGGUGCUGCCAGCCUGCCCCAGGAGCAGGGGAACACAGACACUUGCUGUAUUGUUUGCUGCUGUUUCUGGUCAAUAAAGCACUGGACAUGCCAGGCAGGUGCAAGGGGCCGUGGGAUGGGCAGCAGUGGGCAGCACCCCCAGCCUUGCCUGCACAGCACAGGUACCUACACCCUGCUUACA